AUGGCAAAAACACGUAAAGAAACCACAAUUGAGGAAAGGGAAAUAAUAAUGAAAUUAAAACAUAAAGGCAAAUCUUUCUCGACAAUUGCCCAAAUAAUAAACCGUACCGAAAAUUCAGGAACCGUAGAAAAUCGUCAGAGAAUUGGUCGUCCUUCGAAAAUGGAUAACCGUGCUAAGAGAGGUGUUUUACAAGAAUUAAGGAAAAAUCCAAAACUGAGUGCUCCAAAAUUAGCUGCAAUACAAAAAAUCAGGAAACACGAUAUAACUGGCAAGGAGUCUUUGAAACGCGUUAUAAUUGAAGAAUGGCAUAAAAUACCGUCGACGGUUACUUGUAACCUAGUCCAAUCUAUGCCAAGACGUUUGGAAGCUGUGCUUCAAGCAAAAGGUGGACCAACAAGGAAUUAUUGCGAAAAAGAAAACGAUCCAACAGCUAAAGAUGAAGUUCAAUUAGAAGAUUUCUUUUGGACUGGUUCUGGCGAUGGACCACCAGAUUUUGUUAAAAAUGUUCAUACCGGUAUAAGUAAAGGAAAUAAUGUCAUCGUUAAGACUGAAACUGUUGUAGCCACUGUUUAUGUAAAUGAAAAGAAUGAUACCGACAGUUCCUUAACACCAUUAUGUGUUGAUUGUAAAAAUGAUGGAAAACCACCAUUGAACGUUAGUACAACUGAUAGACGUUACUGGUUACUUACAGUAAUUUCAGGAUACGUUAAACCACAGGAUCACACUUCAUUAGAAAAUAAGCUAGCCAAUUUGUAUCGCGUUGCAUUCGCCAGGCAACAAUCAAAGCAUUUAGGUCUUUCCAAUGGCGGACUUGAUACCAGAAAAUCAGAUUUCUUUAAUCGAUACAAAAGAGAAAUUAGAAAUGAAAGCCUUCAAAAUCAACAACAAUUGCAACAAUCGGAUAACAAUGGAAUACCAAGUACAGUACUAACAAUACAAGCAAACAAUAAAAAUUUUAAUAAUUCACCGUUUGGACCAUUUCAUAUGGGAAAACAAAUAUCAAUAGCAUCUGCGAUACCAUCAUAUAAAUCUACAGAAAAAUUUGAUAUUGGUGAUAUAACUGAAUUGCAUACAAUACCACCAUUAGAUAUAUCUAAUAAGACACUGGAUGAAGUACAGAAGAAAGAUGCUACAGGAUAUGAUAUGAAAACAACAUCUUUGGAUAGUUCAAAUCCAAUGUUUUCAGAGUAUGAUGUACGGGUUGCUCUUCAUAAUGUAACAUUACUAAGUGAAGAUGAAAUCAUAAAUUGGACUGAUAGUGAACAUUUAAAAAAUGAUGAUACUGAAGAUGAAGAUGAAAUCAAUAUCAAAAGGGAAUCACGUCCUUUUGCAAAUCAAACAGAAAUUAUUUAUACGGUUUAUGUUAAUGGUAAACCAGUAUUGGCAACAACAGCAGCUGAAGAUAUGAGAUUAGUUGGUGAAAAUGAAGUGGCUUUAGUUAUGGGAAAAGAAGUUUUUAUGAAAGCAGAACCUUAUUUAAAAGAACCGCAAGCAACACCAUUGAUUCCAGCUACAAAAGCAAUGCAAAGUCCCAACUUUUUCACAUAUAUUCAAACCAACCCAAUUCUUGUAACUAUAACUUCCAUUUGUGUAAUGUUAAUACUUCUAUUACUCCUUGCGCUUUUAUUAAUGACUCGUGCUAAAAGGGAAAGAAGUGCUGAAGUCAAACGACUUUCAAGCAGAUCGGGUUUAUUAGCUGCUGAUGAAACUCAAAGAUCACAUGGUAUGGAAUCAACAAGAACAGAUGAAGGUGGCGGUUUAAGUACGAUAUCUCGCCUUGAUGGAGAAUAUACAGGUGAUGGAGUUCAAAAUUAUGGAUUUGAGCAUGAAACCUCCCGUCGAAAAGAUGGAGAUCGUAAUCGCCCUCAUAUUAGUUUUCCUCUUCCUCCAAACGGAGAAUCAAGACCAAGCUCUUCAUCGACAGCAAAUACAUCGGAUUCCUCUGUUUAUUGUCCAGUUAAUCGACCAAAUAUCGAUUUACAACAUAUGCUUGAUGAAAAGGCUGCAAAACUUUUUGAUAAAAAAAAAAAAAAAUCACAUCAUCAUCAUCAUCACCAUUAUAAAAAAAAUGAACCUGUUUACACCUCCGUUGAUAGCGAUAGAAAACGAGAUAAAAAAUCGAAAGCAUCAAAAAAUCGUCGCCGAUAUUUAUCCGACAAUCGAGUUGGUUCAAUGGACGAAGCAGAUACAAAUUCUUCAGCUGAAACGUCAGUAUCUAAUGACAGUAGUUCUGAUAGAUUUAAACCAGAUUAUGAAAAUUUCGAACACAACGAAACAUACAAUUUGCACAAUAAUUAUCACAGAAAUAAAGUAUUACAAAAUAGAGUUUUUACAGACACACAUUACGAUACAGUUCAUGAAGAGCCGAUGUCUCCAACAGAAGCCAUAAAUCGAGAACUUAUUAGAGCACUUCAACCUGAUGGCAAAUCUUCAGAGAAUGACAGCAUCGGAUCAUUUUUAUCAAUGGCUUCAGUUAAAAAUUUCCCCAAAAGUACACUUCCUGAACCCUUAAACCGAGUACUUGAACCUGUCUCUGUUACUUACUAUGAUCACUUCGAUGAUGGAACUGUAAGAGCUCUUAAGCAAACUGAUCGAGUUAGAACUGUAGCUACAAUAGAAAAGGUACCUCUUGAUAAAGAUAAUAAACCAUUACAAGUUGCAAUCGCCUCCCAAAGUGAUAAUCCUGAUCCAGGAGUCGUAGGCCCAAUUGUUUGGGAAAUUCAUAAGAAGAAAAUGAGCAAGAAUGAGAGCUUAGAUAGUCCACUUCGUGAUCCAGCAGCUACUAGAAAUAGAUUUGAAGGACUAUUAGAAGAUGCCAUUCAAUUAUACGAUGACAUACCAUCUCAUCACCCCGGAACACUUGGGAAAAAUACACAAACAAGAAAUCCAAGCAAAGAAAAUAGGGGCAAAUCUGCUAUAGUUUCAAGUGUUACGAACCGACCUCAUAAACCAAAUCAAGAGCCACGUCCUUUAACGGCCGAUCGAUAUCAACCAUCUAUGAGUAAUCAAUCAACACAACCACCCUCACCAACUGUUGGGGCAUGGAGCUCUGGCGCAACAUCACCUCAUCCAACAAUUGUUCGACCGCUGAGUGCCGGACCAUUUCACAGGCCCGAACCACCACAAGUAGAUGUAACGAGAGUUUUAGUGUCACAGAAUACGGAGAAAUCACAAAUUUCGGCAGCACCCUUAAUAGAAGCCAUACAAAAUGAGUUACAAAAAUUUAAACGAGAUAAUAGCCAAUAA